GUGACAGGUGAGAAGGGAAGGAGUGGAAGCAAGUCAGGGUGACGAGGGCUGUGGCAGUGCCGCCAGCUGACUCUCCAUGUUGCGUAAUCUGUGCGUCAAGCAGCUGACGGCGACCAGCUGAUGAUGAGGAGGAGCACCUUAAGUUUAGAAAAGACUGAUGGCACGGGACCGAAUAGAACAGUAUCGGUGGUCAAGUGGUGCAGCCUUGGCAUUACUACUGGUAGAUCUUACACUUAAUGCCAUUUUCCAAGUCUUUUCACAUAAUACGCUGUUGACACUUCUUAUAUAUAUCAUACAAGAUGUGUGUUUGGUUUUCUCCCUCAUCCUCUUGUUCCUGGGUUUGUUCUCUACAACUCUUUCUCAGGCUGGUCUCAUUGGCGAGUUAUUUCACAAAUUUCAGUGGUGUAUCCUUGUGGUAAUAACUUAUUUAGGAUUAUCAAUUGGCCUACACUCCUGGUCAUUAGAAAAACAGUGGCAGAAACCUGAGGUAUACAUUUGGACUCAUGGGAUGGUUUCUCUGUUCACCAUUCAGAGAGUAGUGGGUGCAGUCUACUAUUACCUUUACAAGCGCACAAUUCUACAGCUCUCUGAAAAGAAGUUCUACUCCCAAGUGUCGGUUGGAAACUGCAAAUAACAUACAAUUAUAAUUUUCUUUACACAUUUUAAAGACAAAAAAGGCAGUUUUUAAAGACCAUAAACUAUUAUCGUAUGAAAGCAACCUCAUGAACCUUUAGGUUCAUGAGGUUGCUUUCAUUGAUAAAGUAUCUUGCUUCACUCUCAGACCUUAUACAUUUGUAUGGAGAUGCACAGUUAUUGAGAUUCAUUAUUUGACCCAUUUGAUGCUGGAAAUAACAAGGUGCAAACUUCAGUCUCGGGCAAUUUUGAAUUUUCUUUUCUUGAAAGAAAUUUGUUUAAUUUUGCAAGUAUAACCAAGAAAAAAUAGAUGAAGAUAAUGAUAGUUUAUGACUAACUUUAUUACCAAUUACUGGGUUCACUUUACUAUAGACCAAUUAAUUUAAAGAAAAAAUGACAAACGUAAAGAUGUCCAAACAGCCUUAGUAUGUUGUCGAUACCUUUCUGGCAUCUUUGAGCCUCUCUUUGUAGGUUCUUCCACCAUUUACAGUAACACAUUGAAGCCAACUGACUUUUUGCUCAUUCUGAAACUUCUUGGGAAGACUUUCUACCAUAAUGAACCUGCAAGGUACUAUGAUAUCUUACAGUUGACUCAAUCUGUUCUUGUUGAAGAGGAGGUAGAACAAUAAUGAGAUUGAAUAAAAACACACACUUAUGUAUCUUUGCAUUUUAUGUAAAGGUUUAUGCCAAGUCACAUUCACAUUCAUAUGCACAUUCGAACCCGGACGCAGGUUCGAAUCCUCGUCACGGCCCUUGUGGAUUUGUUUAUACCAAGUUUUUCGCACUCAACUAUGACAGCUCGGUCUCGAUGAUCGCUUGGACGAACAUUCCUCACUUAAUCGAACAUGUGUAUGUUCCACUGAACAUUUACUACCAAAUUCAAUUUGUUGGGAUCAUCCGGGAAUUCAAUAGUGGGGUUCGUUAGAGUGAAGAUGCACAGUAAUUAUUUCAAUGUGUCUGAUUGUAUCUUUGUUUUUUUUUGCUGUAAUAUUAUUCAAUAGUCUGCAGUGUGAUAUAUUUAUAUAAUAAAAUUUGUGAAUCAUCGCUAUACUCAAAAUUAUGGUG